UGAAUCUGGUGCCGCAAUUCUUCCCCGGCGAGGAUAAUAGCCAAGCGAAUUGAAUGUAUCCAUCCCAAUCAGUCAUCACCAGAUAACGCCCAUGUCCGCCGCUCGGAGCAAGAAGUGAAAUAGUAGUCAUCUCGACAAGGCAGAGAGAAUCAUGGUCGUGGUGGCAUCACCAAUGCCAGCUCCAGCAGCAGCCCUUUUCUGCUCGUCGUCUGGUUGCUCGAGACCAACCCUUUGUGCCUUCUCAUCUUCUUGUUCUUCUUCGUCUGUUGUCUCGUGCCCCAGAGCUUCCAAAUUCGGUGGCUCCAUGCUGCUUUCGCCUCUGAAUCUGCGGGAGUUCUCGCCAUGGAAUGGGUUGAAGCAUCUUGGCAUUUCGCUGAGGCCUAAAUCUUUAAGAAUGGGUGGGAGGAGCAGGAGUAAAGGCAUGAUUGUGUACGCGUCUCUGUUCGGAGUUGGAGCUCCUGAAGCUCUGGUUAUUGGGGUUGUGGCUCUUUUGGUUUUUGGUCCCAAAGGUCUCGCUGAGGUAGCACGAAAUUUAGGGAAGACUUUGCGAGCAUUUCAACCCACCAUUAGGGAGCUUCAGGAAGUCUCAAGGGAGUUCAAGAGCACACUCGAAAAGGAAAUUGGUCUUGACGAAAUUUCAGAACAAAACAUGUCUACUUCAAGCAGGACAAGCGCUUCAUCUCCUCCUACAGUUGAUCGUGGGAAGGAGCAGGAGACUGUGGUUGACCCUAAUGGCACUCCUCCCCCCACCGGAGCAUACUCAAGUGAAGAGUACUUGAAGAUUACGGAAGAGCAAUUGAAAGCAUCUGCUGCCCCACAGCAGAGCCAGACAAUGUCUUUGGAAGAAAGCAAGCCCGAACCUCAACUAGAACAAACCGUAACUUCUGUACCUCCCCCGUCAAAGACUGAGAAUGGAACAUGAAGCUAUGUGAAACUCCACUUUUUACGAAGGUUGAGACAAGGCUGCGGAAAGCCAAAAAGAAACAUAGAGUCCGUCGAUAAAGCUGUUCUUAACUCAUUGUUUUAGAGCGCCAGGUAGCUAGUUUGUUGAUGCUAAGAAGUGCUCAUAGGUUCAAUGUGGAAUAAGAGUAGGGAAUUUUGUUCUUGGGACUAUCCCAGGUCUUGAGGGAUUGAUAUUGUAAGGUUAUCAUUAUCACAGGUGCAAAUUGUAGAGGCAAAGCAGUUUUAUAUCUC